AUGAUCUUCGGCCUCGGCUCCGGCUCCACCGUCAAACACGCCCUGGAUCGCUUGGGCGAGCUUUUACAACUGGAAAAAGUUCACAACAUCAUCAGAAUUUCUGAGAACACCCACCAACAAGUCAUCUCUCUUAGAAUUCCAUUAUCCAACCUCGAUGACUACCCGAUCCUCGAUCUCGCUAUCGACGGUGCCGACGAGGUGGACCCCCACCUCAACCUAGUCAAAGGCCGCUGCGGCCUUGAUAAUUUGGAUGAUAGCCUGAAGGGGAAUGUUUUGGAAUUGAAGGAAGAGUUGGACUCUGAAUUUGUUAGUGUCCUCAAGUCCUUGGGGUUGGAUGUGGAGAUAAGAUCAAAAGAAUUCAUUGAGCAAACUUUGCCCUCAGAAGUCAAGGCUAGAUUUUUUUUUGCUGGGUUCAAGAACAUGAAUGAAUCAACAUUGUUGUGA